GGCAGCCGCAGCACUGCCAGUGCCCGCCCAGCUCUCAUUGAGAAAAGGGGAGACAGAGCUGGAGGAGGGGGAGGAGAAGCUCCCUGCAAAGCCUCCGCCUCCCUGCACAGCCAGGAGCCUCCUGGAAUGGGCACUGGGCUGUUCUGACAUGGUGAUUCCCUGGGGAGCUGGAAGACAGAAGGGAAAAGGGAGCAGCCUGCAGAGAGCACCAGAGGAUGAGGGGUGCUAUAAAAGGAACAGGGGAGUUCUGUGCGAGGGAUAUUUCAUGCACUGAAAUGCUUUUUGGAGAAGGUACCAUGAUUUUCCUCCCUCUGUGCUCAGAUGAAAGGAGCCAACAAGGACUGUCCUGAAGUAUUCCUGAGGGGCCUUUUUUGUCAUUGUUCCUCUUUCCCCUUGCACAGGGCUAUUUGCUGACCUUUCCAGAGGAAUCUCAGUCCAGCUGAGAAGACAGUUCUUAAUAAAACAAAACAAAACACAACACUCCCUGCUGUUUGGAUGGGGGUAUACUUUGCUGCAUUUCUUUGCCUGUGACAUUUUGGAAUGUCUGCAGAUAUUGAAAAAAAAAACUAUCAUUAAAACUCCCUGGAUUAGGCAAAAGAAAAGGAAGGCUUUUUUGUUUGUUUUUUUGUUUUGUUUUCUGUUGUUGUUGUUUUUUGCCAAAAAGGAGUAAGGGCAAGUUGGUAACUUAUUCUUAACCCAGGACCUGGAUGAUCAAAACCUUGGAGUUCUAGGAAUCAGCACUUCAAACCUAACAAACAAACAUGAGAAGGAGUGGCUGUGAGUUUCCAUACAGAGGCAGGUUUUAAAGAAGCCUGAACGGGUCUCAGAACUUGGGGCCUGUAUGAUGCCUGAAGACCGAAAUUCUGGGGUGCGCCCCUCAGGUGCCUUAGCAUCGACUCCGUUCAUCCCUAAAGCCACAUACAGAAGAAUCAAACGGUGUUUUAGUUUUCGGAAAGGUAUUUUUGGACAGAAACUAGAAGACACUGUCCGCUAUGAGAAGAGAUAUGGGAACCGUCUGGCUCCAAUGCUGGUGGAGCAGUGCGUGGACUUUAUCCGACAAAGGGGGCUGAAAGAAGAGGGUCUCUUUCGCCUGCCAGGCCAAGCUAAUCUUGUCAAGGAGCUCCAGGAUGCCUUUGAUUGUGGAGAGAAGCCAUCUUUUGACAGCAACACGGAUGUGCAUACAGUGGCCUCACUCCUUAAACUGUAUCUUCGAGAACUUCCAGAACCAGUUAUUCCAUACGCUAAGUAUGAAGAUUUCUUGUCAUGUGCCAAGCUGCUCAGCAAGGAAGAGGAAGCAGGUGUUAAGGAAUUAGCAAAGCAGGUGAAGAGUUUGCCAGUGGUGAAUUACAACCUUCUCAAGUAUAUUUGCAGGUUCUUGGACGAAGUGCAGUCCUAUUCAGGAGUUAACAAAAUGAGUGUGCAGAACUUGGCAACUGUCUUUGGUCCUAAUAUCCUGCGCCCCAAGGUGGAAGAUCCUUUGACCAUCAUGGAGGGCACUGUGGUGGUCCAGCAGCUGAUGUCAAUGAUGAUUAGUAAGCACGAUCGUCUGUUCCCCAAAGAUACAGAACCGCAAAGCAAGACCCAAGACGGAGUGAGCAACAACAACAACGACACUCAGAAGAAAGCCACUAUGGGUCAGUUACAGAACAAGGAAAACAAUAACACCAAGGACAGCCCUGGCAGGCGGUGUUCUUGGGACAAGUCUGAGUCUCCCCAGAGAAGCAGCCUGGACAAUGGAUCCCCCCCAGCUCUAUCAGGCAGCAAAAACAACAGCCCAAGGAAUAGCAUCCACAAGUUGGAUGUGUCUAGGAGUCCCCCUCUCAUGGUCAAAAAGAACCCAGCCUUCAAUAAGGGCAGUGGGAUAGUCACCAAUGGGUCCUUUAGCAGCAGCAAUGCAGAGGGUCUUGAGAAAACUCAGACCACCCCCAAUGGGAGCUUACAAGCUAGAAGGACCUCUUCAUUGAAAGGACCUGGAACCAAAAUGGGUACCCACAGUGUGCAGAACGGAACAGUGCGCAUGGGCAUUUUGAACACCGACACACUGGGGAACCCCGUGAAUGGUCGAAGCAUGAGCUGGCUGCCCAACGGCUAUGUGACCCUGAGGGAUAACAAGCCGAAGGAGCAAGCCGCAGAGUCGGGCCAGCACAACAGGCUCUCCACCUACGACAAUGUCCAUCAGCAGUUCUCCAUGAUGAGCCUCGAUGACAAACAGAGUGUGGACAGCGCCACCUGGUCCACUUCCUCCUGUGAAAUCUCCCUCCCCGAGAACUCCAAUUCCUGCCGCUCCUCCACCACCACCUGUCCAGAGCAAGACUUUUAUGGUGGGAAUUUUGAGGAUCCUGUUUUGGAUGGUCCCCCACAGGACGACCUUUCCCACCCUGGGGACUAUGAAAGCAAAAGUGACCGGAGGAGCGUGGGAGGUCGAAGUAGUCGUGCCACCAGCAGCAGUGACAACAGUGAGACAUUUGUUGGUAACAACACCAGCAGCCACAGUGCACUGCACAGUUUAGUUUCCAGCCUGAAACAGGAAAUGACCAAACAGAAGAUAGAGUAUGAGUCCAGGAUAAAGAGCUUAGAACAGCGAAACUUGUCUUUGGAAACAGAAAUGAUGAGUCUCCACGAUGAACUGGAUCAAGAGAGGAAAAAGUUCACAAUGAUAGAAAUCAAAAUGCGAAAUGCUGAGCGUGCAAAAGAAGAUGCUGAAAAAAGAAAUGACAUGCUACAGAAGGAAAUGGAGCAGUUUUUUUCCACCUUUGGAGAGCUGACAGUGGAACCCAGGAGAACCGAGAGAGGAAACACGAUAUGGAUCCAGUGAGCCUGCUUUCUCUGCGUCUCUGAUGGCUCUUGGAAGAACUCUGGGGAUUCUGGUGGGAAACAAUAUGGGAUCAGGUGGCUGGUCACCUGGCUGUACAGAGAUCUCACUGGUGAAGGAAUAUCAUUUACAGUCAUUAACUAUCCAUAUCUGCAAUGUGUACCAAAGUUAUAUCAUGCCCCAUCAUGCUACUGUCAAGUGUUCAACUGGAUAUGUGUAUAUAGAGUAGUUUUUAAAAACUAAACUAAAUAUAAGAAGCAUAUCUCAAGAAUUAUUUUAUUGUAAGUCUCCUCUAUAAAUGUUAAAUUGAUAUGUGUUGCAAUUUAGCUUGCUUUCAAGCUUCACCCCUUGCACUUAACAUAAGCUAUUUUGGCAUUGUGUUAUCAUCUGCUUAUUUUAUAGAUCAAUAUUUUUAUUUCCCCUUUUGUUGAGGAAAUGAAGAUAAGAAGAAGUAUAAAUAUAUACAAAAUAUAUAAGAUGAGUUAUUAAAAGCGAAAGAAUACUUUGUGGCUGUGCUGUUUGUGCCAAUAGACCUCGCCAUGACCAAAACUAGAAAUGUAAAUAGUUUUAUAAAGUACAUUAGAAUCACCAGAUACAUUUGAACUGCUCUUUUAAUUCUUCUCUUGGACCAGCUCAGAUUUACUUUGUGAGAUAAUUUAACACAGAUAAUUAGUGAGAUAACUUUGAGGUUGUGUAAGAAAGUCCCUUUCUCAAUACCCCUGUCUACCUUGCCAGAUUCACAGAUGGCAAUAUCUCCCAUGCAAGAUGCAUCUUAAGGAGGAAAAUUGGUGAAGAAUAUUAUUUAACCAUUCAUGCCUCAAAUUGCUCUGUCCUCCUGAACUGAGUUUUUAUAAAUGCUGGAUGGUUAUUGGAGACAUUCUUCCUGCUAUUUGGAAGUUAGGAAAUGAUGAUUCUAACCCAUGCCUCACUUGAAUACCUGUACCAUGUAUGAGACUGCUUUCCUGUUUCCCAGAGAUUGCACUUUGAAUGACAGAAAUGAAGUGGUAUCACUGGUGUCCUCAGUGAAACCACUACAGUAUGCAUCAUCUAGUGACAUAUUUCUUUCACUCAGGCUCUUGUCAUCUGGGAGUCUCUCUUCACCACAGAUGGUGAAGGCAGUUUGCAGCAAGAUGGUGGGAGAAGAGGACCAGGAGGAGUUGGGGGAAAAAGUUUGGAAGAAGCAAACUAUUUUGCUUCUAAUGUCAACAAUAUCAUUUUUUUCUAUAUUGAAGACAUAUUUACUCAAUAAUUUUAAAACAUGAAUGAUUAAAGUCCAUUUUGACAAAUACGAUAACUUUCUAGAAAACUCAAGAGUUUUCUGAAGCUAUUCUUUUGGAAAGACAAUUCUUCACACACCAGUCAGUCAAUGAUUUGGGGAAACCAGGUGAAUAAAUCUCACACUAGAGCACAAAGUCAGAAAGGCAUAAUCGAAAAUAAAGACUACUUGAGUUUA